AUGGCCAUGACCUGCCUGCCGCCCGUGGCCGAGGGGCUCAGGGCACUGCUGCCGGCACCUCACGGCACGCCAUGGGUCUGGGAGAAAAGCUGCUGCGUGGACCUCCAGUGUUCCUCUGUGGGCCUGGUGCUGCCCUCCCAAAACUCUCACGGCCUUUUUCAUCAGCAGAAGGAAAACUGCGCUUCCCCGGGAUCACGCUUGGAGCAUAGCUCCGCACGUGGCGCACUGCUCAUGAUGCUUUUUCCUUCCUCUGAGCAGCAGCCGUGCGAUGGGCUGGGUGGCACGGAGCUCCGCUUCGCCCUUGGAGGGUUCGGGGUGUCUCUGUGUCCCCCUGCGCACCCUCCAGGCACUGGGAUGGAAACCAGCCUCCUGCGCAGGUUGUGGGUUUGGAUCCGUCGGGAUGAGAACGGAGGCACCCGGGAAGCCCCACCUGAGGCGAUGCCUCAGCGACCACCCCAGGCGCCCCACCGGCAAGGCCUGGGAUGGCUUCUGGAAGAGCGCAAGGGAAAAACGCCUCGCAGCGCUGUAAUUGAAAAAUUUUAUGUUCUCAUUGCAGAAAUUGAAGCCAGAGAAGCCUGCGACUGGCUGAGAGCCGCCGGUUUUCCCCAGUAUGCUCAGCUCUUUGAAGAUAUGCAGUUUCCUAUUGACGUAAAAACUGUGAGGAGAGAUCAUGAAUUUUUAGAUGGAGAUGCGAUUGAAUCACUAUUCAGACGGUUGAACACAUUGAACAAGUGUGCAUCAAUGAAAGUGGAAAUACAACGUCAGAGGAAACGAAGUGAUGACUCUGAAGAUGAUGAACCUUGUGCAAUAAGUAACAAAUGGGCUUAUGAGCGGUGCAGUCAAAGAUGGUCUCGUAUUGAGAGCAUAGAAGGUUUCCCAGGAGAGGAAGGUGCUAGUGCAUCAGUCCCAGGCAGUCCAAUACUGAAGAGCAUCAGCAGCGAGGAUACUAUCUUUCUGGAUCAUGGCGAGAAACAUGAUGUGUCCUCGAUUCAUAGUACUAGCAGUGGUGACAGUGACACUGUUAGCUUUCCAAAACCUUUUGAAGAUGUGGAAACCAGCACAAGUUCCUCAAGAUGUUCCUCAAUUAAGGUGACUUCACUGGACUCUACUUUUAGUUGUUCUCCCCCCAGUGAAUUUUUAAAUACCACCAGUGAGGAGAAGCUUUUGGAUAAGUCACCAUAUAAAAAGAGGAAGAGCCUUCUAAAGAAAAUGGAGAAGUUGCACUUAAGGAGCUGCAACUUAAGGAGUGGUCAGUCAAAGGCCAAACCCAUAAUAAGUGAACCUGUUCUUCUGGAAGGACUUAAUGAAGAAAAGAUGAAGAUGCUGAACUGUGUAGAUAUUUCCAGCCUCUCUGGCAUCCGAACAAAGAACAAUUCUUCCUUUUCUCCCCAGGGUUGCAAUAGCAGCAAUCAGUCUGAAAAUAGCAGCACAGUGGGUAGUACAAGUCCUCUUAUAAAACCACAAAGCCACUGUGAGGAUGGAGGAGUGUGUGCAGAGCACUUGGAUUCUAGCAAGCACUUGCUGUGGAAUGAUCUAUCUCAGCAAAAUCUAAAAAAUGACACGACGUUACGAAUGAACCAGAUGUUUCAAAUACCACAAGGCCAUAAACCUGGCACUUUCCCCAAAGCACUUACAAACAGUUCCCUGUCUCCAGUAGACAACUCUUCCAUCAACUGGAGAACUGGAAGUUUUCAUGGGUGCAGAAGAAACCGGAGUAGAAGCAGUUCCAAGGACUCCAAAGCCCCCAGGAGUCCCCUUUCAUGCACAAAUAACAGGCUAAGUAUAUAUGACAACAUGCCAAAUAUUGAACUCGGUAAUUUGGAGGCAGCAGAAGUUGGCGAUGAUGAUGUUUUUUCAGAACUUAACAAUGUUAUAGAAGAUGUCAAUGGUCUCAAAAAGUUGGUCGAUCAGUGGACAGAGAAGUUCUCAGAUGAUGGGGAUUCAGACUUUGCCAGUGACUUGACCUCUUUGAAUCCAUCCUCACCUAAAGAAAUCUGUCUUGAAACAGAGGGCUCAGAAGACAAGACAGCAGACCUCCCAACCACUGGGAGAGAGAGCAGCUGUGAACUGGGCAAGGAGAUCAAUUCUGCAGACCUGACAUACCUGACAGACCCUAAGAAGACCAACAGUACUUUGUCUAAAUGCAGCUAAGAAAGCGUGAACUUGGAAAGCCUUUCCAUCCAGACUGAUAGCCAGUCAGCUGCCCAGCUGGCCCGGACCCAAAAGCUGGCUUUGUUGAAACUCACUGCUCUAAUGGACAGAUACUCCCCUUCCAGUAAGCAGGGCUGGAACUGGACUAUACCAAAGUUCAUUAAAAAAAUAAAAGCCUCUGACUACAAGGACAAAAAUGUGUUUGGGGUUCCUUUGCUUCUGAAUGUUCAGCGAACAAGCCACCCGCUGCCUAAUGGCAUACUGCAAGCACUGGACUAUUUAAGAAGCCACUUUCUUGACCAGGUUGGCUUGUUCCGAAAAUCUGGUGUUAAAUCCAGGAUCCUGUCUUUAAGAGAAAUGAACGAAACCAACCCAAACAACGUAUGUUAUGAAGGGCAGUCAGCAUUUGAUGUGGCCGAUAUGGUGAAGCAGUAUUUCCGAGACCUGCCGGAGCCUAUAUUUACUAGCAGGCUCUGUGAAUCCUUCCUCCACAUCUACCAAUAUGUGCCGAAGGAUCAGCAGUUUCAGGCUGUCCAGGCUGCUAUUCUCCUUCUCCCAAAGGAAAACCGAGAAGCUUUGAAAAUCCUCCUGUUCUUUCUGCGAGAUGUGGUUGCUUUUGUUGAGGAAAACCAGAUGACCCCGACCAACAUUGCUGUCUGCCUUGCGCCUUCUUUGUUUCACCUCAACACCAUGAGACGGGAUAGUUCCUCCUCCUCCACUAGAGCCAGUCAGAGGAAGUGCAGCCUGGGGAAGCCGGACCAGAGGGAGCUGAGCGAGAACCUGGCAGCAACGCAGGGCCUGGCCCACAUGAUAAUGGAGUGCAACAGGCUCUUCCAGGUAUGUCACGUGCUGCAGCGAUGCAGAAGCAUGGCGCAGGGUACCUGA